GGGUAUUCCCCCCACGCUGCCAUCAUUUCCAAGUCCUCGUGACUGGUGACCUGGUGACCCACCCGCAGGAUUCCGCGGCAUCAUCCUUCUUCGUCGUCUUGAUUUAAUUCUCUGGGGCACUUUGCAGCAUCCAUCCGCGAAAGUCAAAUCGUCGGUGCGCUCCUGGGGUGACCGUGGUCGUAUUUAGUGGUAAGCGGACGAUCAUUUUUUGGACAAAAUGUUGGAAUUUUGGAAUUUUUUUGUGGUGUUUCUUGGUGCAGGAUUUAGUGUUUUUGGUGUGACUACACAACCGAUUCAUAAAACUUCAUUUUCAUGUGAUGGGAGGACGUCAGGAUACUAUGCUGAUGUAGGCUCAGGAUGUCAGGUCUAUCAUAUGUGCGAUGGUCUCGGAAGGCAAUUUAGCUAUAAAUGUCCCAAAAACACUCUGUUUCAACAAAGAAUGCUAAUAUGCGAUCAUUGGUAUAUGGUGAAUUGUAGCAAAUCAGAAGAAGAUUAUAGUGCUAAUUUAUUGAUUGGCCAACAAGGCAAGGCAUUUAUUGAAGAUUUGCAGUUUCAAAGAACACCGAGGCCCGAUUUAGCUGGAACGGAUUUCAAUUUAUAUCGUACUACACAAGGGGCAAUAUCGACCAAAAACCUCGUAGGUGCAGAAGAAAGUGACUCUCACCUUGCCACUGACGAAUAUUUCCCACCAUCUCACUGGUCUACAGAAUUUUCAGCGCCUUCAACAACACCAGCACCUCGGAAGAGGGAAGAAAGUGACACUGGAGUAUCUGGAUUAACGAAACAAGUUUUCUAUUCGACCAAUUAUAGGACCGGAAAAAGAUUUUUGAGUAAAAAAGGAAAAGAUGCAACUAAUUCUAUCAAUAGAGUUGAUAAUUCUGAAGCAACCAGAUCCAAAGUUAAGACUGAUGAUUCAGAAAAAUCUUUACCAAGUGGCGUUAAUUUUCCUUCAAGAUUCAAAGCAACUACUCCUGUCUAUCCUAAAGACUUAGGCAUAGACGUAUCUAAAUUUACCGAUUUUGCAAAUGCUCCUGAAGAGAGUGAGAGUAAUAACAAUAACAAAAAUCCAAUAGUAAAUUUUCCCUCAAAUUAUCAAGGAACAACUCCAGUAUAUCCAAAAGAAGUCGAUAUAGAUUUGUCCAAGUUUUCUGGAUAUGAGGAUAUUGCACCGGGACAAAAAAAAUCUGGUGAAGAAGUUGUAGUAAAUUUUCCAUCAGAUUUUAAAGCUACCACCCCAAUAUAUCCCAAAAAAGUCGAUGUCGAUUUGUCCAAGUUUUCAGGCUCUGAAGUAGUGUCACCAAGUGACAGCAGUGAUACUACCAACGUAGUAGUAAAUUUCGCAUCGAAUUUCAAAGCUACAACUCCAGUGUAUCCAAAAGAAGUCGAUGUAGAUUUAUCCAAAUUUUAUGGACCCGAGGAAACGGGUCCUGGAGAAACUGGCGACUACGAUAAUGUAGUAAAUUUUGCCUCAGGCUACAAAGGCACAACACCGGUGUAUCCUUUAGAUGCAGGCAUAGACUCAUCCAAAUAUUCAGGUAUCGAAGAACUACCGCCAAAGCAGAGUGAUCAAGAUUACAAGGAUGAUGUUAUUGUAAAUUUUGCUUCAAAUUUCAAAGCAACUACUCCAGUAUAUCCCAAAGAAGUUAACAUUGAUUUAUCCAAAUUUGGUGAACCAGAAGAAAUACCUGCUGAAAAAUCUAAUGGAAGAACCACAGUUGAUUUCGUUGCCAAUUAUACGGAAGCAACAACUCCAGAUUACCCUCCAAACGAUAACAUUCCUGGAUCUAUUCCAGAAGAUUUUGGUCUGUUGCCACCACGCGAAUCAAGCGACUCUCAAAGUGCGGCCAACAAUGAUUUAUUUGGUCUUGUUCCGCCUCGUCAAGAAGUUGACAAUAAACCUACAGGCUUCUUACCGCCACGUCAAGAUAAUGUUAAGCGAACGCAGACAAUAAAUUUUGGAUCAAAUUACCAAGCUACAACACCAGUAUAUCCUGAAAGUGUAGAGCCGUCAAGCCCCGACCCAAACGAUAUCGGAUUAUUGGCACCAAAAUCAAAUAUUGAAUAUUCUUUGCCAAGCCAAGACAUUCAACCUCCAAGCUUCGAAUCGACAUUUAAAAAAAGAAUAGACGAAGAAGAUCUAUCUUUGUUGGGUAACACAUUUAGCAGCCAACAACUGAAUAGAUUCAUGGUUACAAUAAGACCGGAACAAUUAAGAGAAAUUCAGGAAUUGUGGAGAAUUCCAGAAUAUGAUUUUCCAUUAGAUAGUGCGGCAUCGAGGCCUAGCUAUGAAAGUCAUUAUAGUUCAUUUCAAGCAAAUAGGAAAGCUGUAAAAAAUAGAUGAAUAUAUAUUUUGUAAAAUAAUAUUUUUUUUAAAUGAAUUUGAGAUGUGUAUGAGAUAGUCUUGUGAUUCAAACCUAUUUAUCUCAAGGUGCUUUACAUAUUGCAAUUUAAGACUGAGUUGUACGACUAGGACAUUCACAUAUACUUGUGCAGCUCAUUCUUGUGAAAGAAGACAUAAUAUUAUGAUUUAGGGAAUUUGAAUGAUCAAUUUUCUGUCAGAAAAAAAUAUGCCGAAAUAAAAUAAACGUAAGUAGGUAUGCAUAGGGCUCAUAAAAUUUUUCAGUUUAAAAAAUUUACAAGUUUGCUCAAAAACAGUCUGUUUGUAGCAUGUUGCACCCCACACCACUUUGUAGUCUAUCUUAGGAGUAUUAUAAUGCUUGUUAGAUAAUCGUUUAGUUCCUUUAGUUAUAAAAUCUUGACAUUUUGUAUAUUGGUUUGAAUUUUUUUUUGUAGUUCAAUUAGUCGACUGCAAUAAUUUAUACACGGGUUUAGUAACUUAUUUCCUAUUAAUAUGAUUCAUCGAGUAACAUUCUAAUAAUUUAGAAAUAUUUGUAUUUUUACUGACUGUCUUAUUAUAAAUUUUUAAAAAAUGUGUAAGAUUUGAUAAUAAAAUGAUUAUUGUGUAUUAUUAGA